CGGGAUUUGAAAAUACAACUGACACUCUUAUUGGGAGUCGAAAAAUGGCUGCCCCCUUGACCCGUACAUCUUGGACCGUUUUAAAAAGAAAUCACUUCCAGUAUAAACAAUUCUUAACAGUUUCAUGUGUGAAUCGUUUUUCGCAAUAUAAAUGUUCACAUCAACAAGAUAAAAAAUUUCGAACUUCUGAAAAAACAGUUAGAAAUGUCUUGUUUUAUACCAUUUUCUUUUCUGGUUUUGGUUAUGUUUUGUAUAAAUGGAAAGACGAUUGUCAAAACCGAUUUAGCAACUUGAUAAAAUCUAUGUUCACAAUAUAUGCUAAACCAGUUUCUUGGGAUGGAGGUAAUAGAAAUAAAUAUAAUUUUAUAGCCGAUGUGGUAGAAAAGUCAGCACCUGCAGUAGUGUAUAUAGAGAUUCAAAAUAACAGAAGAUUUGAUUUUCAAACAGGUAAACCAUUCAAUAUAAGCAAUGGAUCUGGUUUCAUUGUAGAAUCAGAUGGUUUAAUAUUGACAAAUGCUCAUGUUGUUACUGCUAAACCCCAUACAACUGUCAAGGUACGUCUUUAUGAUGGAAGUGUUUAUACUGGAACUGUGGAGGACAUUGACGUGCAUAGUGACCUUGCAACUGUACGAAUUAACAAGACAAAUUUACCAGUAAUGAAGCUUGGUUCUUCUUCAAAUCUUAGACCUGGAGAAUUUGUGGUUGCUAUUGGAUCUCCGUUAGCUUUAAGUAACACAAUAACAAGUGGUGUAAUAAGUAGUGUAAAUAGGCAUAGCCAAGAACUUGGUCUUCUUAAUAAACAGAUGGCUUAUAUUCAAACAGAUGCUGCAAUCACUUUUGGAAAUUCAGGUGGUCCAUUAGUUAAUUUGGAUGCAGAAGCAAUUGGUAUAAAUGCAAUGAAAGUGACAAGUGGUAUUUCUUUUGCUAUACCUAUAGAUUAUGCUAAAGAUUUUUUAAGAAAAGCAGAAUUACGCAGAAAAAACAAAGGUACACAAUUCGCAAUGGAAAAAACAAAAACUCAAUAUAUCGGAAUCACAAUGCUGACGCUUACACCGGAUCUUUUUUACGAAUUGCAAAAAAAAUUAAAAGGAAUUCCACAUAACAUAAGAUACGGUGUUCUUGUUUAUAAAGUGAUCGUAGGAUCGCCAGCACAUUUAGGAGGUUUACAAGCUGGCGAUAUCAUAACGCAAGUCAAUGAUGAACCAGUAGUAUCAUCCGCUAGUAUUUACAAAGCCAUAGAAGCAGCAAAAAUCUUAAGAAUGACUGUGAUCAGAGGUCUAGAAGUAUUACAUCUACGAAUUGAACCAGAAGAAAUUUAAGUCACAUUUCUAAUAAAAUUCGAUAUUUCGACAUUGAAAUUACAAUUUAAACAUCUGUCCUUUCUAAAUUUAUCAUUAAUAUUUUAUGUACAAUUGGUAUUUUUAUUUUAAUUUUUUUAAUUAUAUAACGCAAUAAUGCUACACAAAACAUUGCGUUAUAUUUCAAAUAUUAAUAAAAAGAGAAUCAUCUAGAAAAAUUUAUUUCGGUCAUCGAUAUUUUCGAUCGUAUUUUUUUUUUCGUUCAUUCCAUUAUCCAUUUUAUUUAAUUAUUACUAAAACUGAUGUCGAGACGUUUGUGGGAUAAGGAACUUUCU